AUGAGCAGAGGGAAACGGACUUUGGAGGGAAAUGAAGACGAGCAGCCAGAGCGGAAAAGGCCCGCCUUAGCUAGUGUCAUUGUGGAAGCUCUGAAAGUAGAUAGUCUCCAGAAGCUUUGUUCAUCCUUGGAACCUAUUCUUCGCAGAGUUGUAAGUGAAGAAGUGGAACGUGCUUUGGCGAAGUUAGGCCCUCCAAGACUCAAUGGAAGGUCUUCACCUAAACAAAUUGAAGGGCCAGAUGGAAGAAACUUGCAGCUGCACUUUAGAUCCAGACUGUCUCUGCCCCUCUUCACAGGGGGGAAGGUAGAAGGGGAGCAGGGUGCUGCAAUCCAUAUUGUAUUGGUUGAUGGAAAUACAGGCCAUGUUGUGACAUCUGGACCUCAAUCUUCUGUAAAGCUGGAUGUUGUUGUGCUGGAAGGUGAUUUUAACAAUGAAGAUGAUGAGAAUUGGACUGAAGAAGAAUUUGAAAGUCAUGUUGUGAAAGAGCGUGAAGGAAAAAGACCACUUUUGACUGGAGACUUGCAAGUGACACUUAAGGAAGGCGUGGGGACUUUAGGGGAGCUUACAUUUACAGAUAACUCAAGCUGGAUAAGGAGCCGGAAAUUCAGACUUGGCCUGAAGGUUGCCUCAGGAUGUUGCGAGGGUGUACAUAUACGUGAAGCAAAGACAGAAGCAUUCACAGUUAAAGAUCACAGAGGCGAAUUAUACAAGAAACAUUAUCCGCCUGCUUUAAAUGAUGAAGUAUGGCGGUUGGAGAAGAUUGGCAAGGAUGGAUCAUUCCACAAGAGGCUAAAUAAGGCAGGAAUAUUAAGUGUUGAAGAUUUUCUUCGACUUGUGGUUCGAGACUCCCAAAAACUGCGGACUAUCCUUGGAAGUGGUAUGUCAAAUAAAAUGUGGGAGGCUCUAAUAGAACAUGCAAAAACUUGCGUCUUGAGUGGGAAGCUUUAUGUAUAUUAUCCUGAAGGUACAAGAAAUGUAGGUGUUGUUUUCAACAACAUCUACGAGCUGAGUGGCCUUAUAUCUAGUGAUCAAUAUUACUCAGCAGAUUCACUUUCUGACAGCCAGAAGGUAUAUGUGGAUACCUUGAUGAAGAAAGCAUAUGACAAUUGGAACCAAGUUGCCGAGUAUGAUGGGAAGUCGCUUUUGAGCUUUAUGCAAAAUAAGAGGUUGAGUACAUCUCAAAAUGAACUCCCAAUGGACCCCGUAGAUUAUCCUAAUGCUUUGGAUAAUCAGCUUCCCCCAACACGUUUGCCAGUUUCCGUUCCUUCUGAUUUGUCUUCAAUAGAUUCGAGCCUGCUAAUUGGAGGUUCAGGUUAUAAUGAGAAUAUGGCAACUAGAUACCAAACCCAGUCUCAGCUGGGGAAUUCCGAUUCCUGCACCCUGUUUGACAGCACUUCGUUUGCUCCCCAUGACCAGCAUCUUAACAAGUCUCAGCAUAUGCAAGGCAACGGAUAUGAUAACAAGGUUGGGCUGGCACUUGGUCCUUCACAAUCAUCUUCAUCCUUCCAAACCGGCAGCUCAUCUGUUCGGCAAUCUAAUCUUAACCCCUUUAAUGACUGCACUUCGUUUGCUCCCCAUGACCAGCAUCUUAACAAUUCUCAGCAUAUGCAAGGCAACGGAUAUGAUAACAAGGUUGGGCUGGCACUUGGUCCUUCGCAAUCAUCUUCAUCCUUCCAAACCGUCAGCUCAUCUGUUCGGCAAUCUAAUCUUAACCCCUUUAAUGACUGGUCCCACAACCGUGACAAGGGUGCUGAGGACUUCUUGUCAGAGGAGGAGAUUCGCAUUAGGAGUCAUGAGAUGCUUGAGAAUGAAGAUAUGCAGCAUUUGCUUCGACUCUUCAGCAUGGGAGGUCAUGCCUCUGUUAAUGUGCCUGAAGACGGGUUUGCUUUCACCUCAUACCUGCCCUCACCUUCACCGAAUUUCAGUUAUGAUGAGGAUCACACCCGUCCUGGAAAAGCUGUCGUGGGUUGGCUGAAAAUCAAGGCAGCAAUGAGGUGGGGCUUCUUCAUCAGGAAGAAGGCGGCUGAGAGGCGGGCAAGGAUUGUAGAGUUAGAGGAUGAAUAG